AUGAGCAGCGAAUCCCAACUUAUAGCCGAAAUCAACAAUUCAUACCAGAAAAACAAGCAAGAGCGGUUUAAUAUCUUGUCAAGGUUACUCUCGGUGAAUCCUGCAGAAAAUAGUUUCAUUGCCUCAAUUUACAACGGUACUUCAACACUCCCGUCACACCAAAUUACAACUUUGUACGAUGAUGAAUGGCCAGCGUUUCCAGCAGUUGUAUCAAGCUUUGUGAAACUUUGUACCGAGAUGGAUCCGUGGUCUGUUUUACAAUCGUUUGACUUAUACACCACAUACUUGAACAAUCUAGCCAUCGCAUUCAACAACAACAAUUUCGGCUGGCUUUUAUCUGGUGUUAUCAAAUCGACAAUUGGAUUAGUAACACCAUGGGCGCUACAGUUGGAUACGCAGAUGUUUUUCAAAGAAAAUGGAGGGAAAUUUCGAUUAAAUUAUAUUGCUAGUGUGAUUUUGAAAAUCUUCAACAAUAUUCGUAUCAAUUCCGCGUACAAAGAAUCGAUCAUACUAUACUUGGGCAAUAAGCUUUGUUUCAUCUAUUGGAAAUUGGAUAAUCCUUUACUUUGUCGAAACAUUUUCAGCAAUAUGAAUAACACCAGUUUGAAAUUGGUUGAUUUCCCCAUGACGGAGCAGUUGAAAUAUCGUUAUUAUCUUGCUCGUUAUUAUUUCAUAAAAUAUGAAUUGAUGGAAAGUUUUGAGCUUUUGAAAUGGUGCUUGACGAGGACCGAUAGUGGCAAAAACCAGCAAAUGAUUCUCGAACUAUUGAUUCCAAUCAGUUUGGUGAUUGGGAAGACCCCGAAUUUUACAGCGUUGAAACGAGCGCAAAAGAACAACAAGUACGUGGUGGGUUUCCUUAACAUGUAUGAAGAAAUGUCCAGAGCUAUUCGUCCGGGUGACUAUGCGUCUUUCAAAGCCAUCGUAGAAAUGAACCACCACUAUCUUAAAAGCAAGAAUUUACUACUAUUGAUGAAUAAGAUCGAAAUUUUAAUUUACCGAAAUUUGGUAAAAAAUUGUUGGAAGAUCUUGGGAAGGCAAACUACGAUGCCUUGCAACCUUGUACCUGGUGGAGACAUCUACUUUAAAGAGAAUUUGUUUGUGACUUUGAUCGAUUCAAAUUUAAUCAAGGGUAAAUUGACAAACAAAUCGGUGGUUCUAAGCAAAAAUGAUCCAUUUCCAAGAGUAUUUGACAUUUACAUGAAGCGGUUUAAAUCUAAGCAUAAUCAAUGGAUGUAA